AGUGGUGUUCACUUUUGUUUCUGUGAGUGUUUCGGAGUAAUAUCGAAUUAAACUUUGGUGCUGUAGGAACUUUUAUGCUGGAGUUUUGGCUUAAAAUAAUAUAAACUAGGAGAACAGUCAAUGAGGUUCGUUUCGAGUGACAUCGAAAACGGGGAGACUCAGAAUGAUACACUCACUGAAUCAGACAAAAUGGAUAUUAGUGAAGUGUCUGACCAAGUCUCGCCUCUAAGUGAGCAGAGUCUUUCUGAGACAGUAGACAACCCAGCACCGAAAGAUUCAGUGCCAGUUGGAUUUGUAUCUCUAGAUAAUGCAUCAGCAGCAGUUUCACCCACUAGUACUAACACUACUACCACCGCUACAGCCAAUACAGCAAGAGACAGGCUCGACUCUGCCUUAAGCCUUGAAGGAUUUGACUUGGAGUUACCUACACUUGAUACUUACCAAGAAGAAUAUGUGGAUUUUCCAAGCAGUCCAAAGCAGCUGAAAGAAUGUUUAGAAGCACAUGGUAUGGCCAUGCCACUUGAGAGAGAUUCAGGAACUACUGCUUUUUUUGAAGGUCGUAGUGAAGAAGAGGAUGAAGAAGAUACAUCCAUAUAUCAAGCUGUCCUCUCACCAGACUGUCAAGAUGUCCGACUUAAGAAAGAACAUUCUGAAGAAAUUAUCAGUAUAAUUAGUGAGCCACGCUUACCUUUUGAAAAUACAUCAUCACAUUCUCAAGAUGAAUUUCCAGCUGGUGGAAAUAAAGGAGAAGAUUUAAUGGGUGUGAAUGGAAAUGAUAACAAAACAUCUGAACAUUCAGAUAGCUUGAAAUAUAGGUUACGUCGAGUAUUGACUCCAAAUCCUGAGGAUGCUGUGUUGCCAAAUUUAUAUGGAAACAGAGCUGCUAUUCAAGUUCUUCCUGACACCUUACCCCAGGCACCACCAAAUGCAUCGUUACAUCUUACAAAAGCUGUUUCAUCUCAUGACUUAAAAAUUCUGGCUUCUCGUCAGAACAACAGUGGAACAAAUGUAAAUAUGAAGAGCCAGUCUGAGUUAGAUCUUAGAAUGUCCAGUGAUUUUAAUAAUGAUUCUGUUACAGAGGAUUCAGGUUUUAUUUUCGAACGUCGUGAUUCAAAACGUUUAGCAAAAAGGGACUUUGGUGGGCGUGUUGUGGAGGGAUUGUUUGUGGAAAGCCCUCUGAUCAGAGAUGAGUCUAGUGUUGGUAAGUCAGGACUUCGGAAGAUAGCAUUGUCUCAAAGCCUGAAAAAUAUGGAUAGCCCCACAGGUGAAGAUCCACUUAUUCCAGACGAAAAUUCACCCAGUUUAUCUUUGACACAAGACAAACAAGAUUCAGUAGCAAAAUUAGAAGAGGGGCUUAACUGUACUAAUUUCAAUAUAAGCACAGCUUCCGAGAGAAUAUCCCAAGCAUCAGCUAUACCAAACAAGAUGGUAACAUCUGUAGAUAUACACAAUGAACAGAGAGAGCGUGAUACUGAAAACCGACCAGAAAAUGGCACUUAUCAGCCAGUUCCUAAAGUACGUACCAAACCUCUUACAAAAACAUGCAGUACUCCAGUUUCUUCUAAGAACCAGCCCUUUAAAAGUCCUCCAUGUCCGAAACCUCGACGGAAAUGGCAGAGUUUAUCAGAAUCUAAUGCAAACAUUUGUAGUAAUAACAGCAAGGACAUUGAAAGUGUGGAGUUCCCCAGAGGACCUGUGGUGCUGCUGGAUCCCAUUGCUCUGCAACAUCAGACAUCAAGUAGAGGAGCUCCUAAUAUCAACCCUGAUGGUUCAGUGGACAUCCGUCAAGAACGCCCAGGAAGUUUAGUGGCUCCACAGCGUGGGGGCCGACGUAAGAUCCGUGUAAGUGCUGACAUUCUAACUGGCAAUGGAUCUGGUGGUGAUACCACAGUCAAUGGUGAUGAAUCUUCAGGUGAGAGCCACUUGUCGGACAUGGAUAUGAUGUCACCUGAUGAUGAUCCAGACUUGGAUGCACUUCUGUCACCUGACUUGGAUACCCCUGAUGAGAUGGAGGACUCAAUUAUGGAACGAUUAGGAGAACCUCCUCCAGCACGAGUUCCUAUUCCAGAGUUGAGUGCAACAGAAGAGCGAGCUGAAGCUCGUAGUUGGCGCAACGUUCUCGUAGCUGGCUUGGAGCGUCGGAUAGACAUGAAAGUCAUUGAACCUUACAAGAGGGUGUUGUCCCACGGUGGGUAUCUGUCAGCUGGGUCCCAUAAUGCAAUCAUUGUGUUCAGUGCUUGCUUCCUGCCAGAUCGCAGCCGUGUGGACUAUGAUUAUGUCAUGGACAAUCUUUUUUUCUAUGUCCUCACUACUUUGGAUGAGCUGAUCACAGAAGAUUAUGUUUUGAUCUACCUCCAUGGUGCAACUUCAAGGAGUUGUAUGCCCACUUUCUCAUGGCUCAAACGGUGUUACCAGAUGAUUGAUCGACGGCUUCGUAAGAAUCUCAAAGGACUGUACCUUGUACAUCCUACAUUUUGGCUCAAAACUAUUGUUAUAAUGACCCGCCCUUUCAUUAGUUCCAAGUUUAGUCGUAAGCUGAAUUUUGUGGACACUUUAGCAGAGUUGGCAGAAGUUGUACCACUGGAGCAAGCUAGCAUUCCUGACAGAGUGAAACAGUACGAUCAGAUCAGACAGAGCAUGGAGCAGGGCAACUAACACAAGCAUUGCUGUAGCAACCCUUAAAUAAGGUUGGAUUUUGAACUUCAGAUUCGAUACAAGAAACGUAAAGGAAGGUUUUGGUAGUUGCAGUGGAUGGAGGGAUAUGUGUGGAGAUGUAUCUAUUUAUAUAAUACUACGUUAACAGUAUCUGUUUAUAGCAGAGGCAUCACUUGAAUUUUCUCAGUGCUGAUUGAUAAAGUUUGAAAAAAUGUUGAAUAAUGCCAAUUUUUAGGGUUGCUGAUACUUGCUACAAGAAUGGUAUGUUGAGCUUUGUUAUGGGUCUCUUGAGAUGACUUACAAGUAAGUCAUAAUGAUUGUUGUAACAUAGUUAAUGGAAUGGAGAUUGACUGUAGCAUGAUAUUUGUCAAUGUGCUAUCCAUUUGUAGUUGUUGCAUAAGGACUGAACUACUGGCAACUCUAAAAAUAUGUGUAUUAUAUGCACUGACUGAAAUUGCAGCAAACAAACACUGCACAUCACCUAAUUCAUGCGCAUGUAAUGAUUCAUUAAAAGGCAAAAUAUACUUGGGAAUAUAUCUCUGACAGAAGUGUGAUAGAAGUAUCUACAUAUUUGCAAGAUGAAUUGAUUUUCUUGUUUGCUUAUUCUGUGGUAACAGGAUAUGCCCUACAAAGAUAAAAAUUGUGCAAAUCGUCAUAUAGCAUAAACUUAGUAAUCUGUGCAAAAACCUUAUGUAAGGAUUUCCGUACACUUGGACUGACUUUUUUUGUGUGUAGUAAGAAUCUUGUGGAUAAUAUUAAAAAAUAUCUUUAUUGAAUGCAGAUAUAAAAUUAAUUUGCUGUACAUUUCUUUAUAUAUGGAUAUUACAGUAAAAUAUGUAUGAAAGUAAAUAUUUUGAAGAAAUGCAAAAUUCCAGCAUGGGCAUAUGAAAGAGUUAGACUGUCAGUCCUUGUGAAUUUGUGAUCUGUAAUUCUGAGUAUAUUUUAUAUGUGACUUUUAGUCAUAAAGUUGCAUGACAUUACUGUGAAUCUGAUAUGAGGGUCACACAAUAAAUUGCCUCACAAAAAUUCAGUUGAAGAGAUAUGACUUAGGUGUAUUUCCAUUAUCUCAACCAAACCCACUUCUUCCACAUAGAUACCCAUGUUUCUGGACAUGCUAUCUGUCAUAGGAAUGUUACUUCCUCAUUUAUACUCUUAAAUAUGUCCAUAGUUCUCCUGAAAUAUUUAAAUAGAGUGCAGUCUCAAUAUAAUGUGGCUCAUGACAUUUCAGUCUCAGAUAUUCUGCUGGUGUAGUUGAAGUAAGAAGUUUUCUAACACUAAAAGUAAAGUAAAGCUAUCCCUGUACCUGGUCGUGAAAGCCCAUAGGGUUGUGAGACGUUGAGGUUCCC